AUGGUCUUUUUUUCUCCUCAUCCCUAUAUCUUUUAUUUUCCUCAUUCAUGUUCUUCUUGUUUCUUUCAUUCCUGUUUAUUUCAUUCUCCUCUUUCAUGGUCUUUUAUUUCUCCUCAUCCCUGUUUUUUUAUUUUUCUCGUUCCUUUUCUUCUUUCUCUUCAUUCCUGUUCUUUUCAUUCUCCUCUUUCAUGGUCUUUUAUUCUCCUCAUCCCUGUUCUUUUAUUUUCCUCUUUCAUAUUCUUCUAUUCUCCUCAUUUGAGUUCUUUCAUUCUCCUCUUUCAUUCUUUUAUUCUCCUCAUCCUGUUCUUUUUAUUUUCCUCAUUCCUGUUCUUCUUUCUCUUCAUUCCUUUCUUUUCAUUCUCCUCUUUAUCCUUUUUCUUUUAUUCUCCUCAUCCCUGUUCUUUUAUUUUCCUCGUUCAUUUAUUUUUUCUUUCUUUUUUUCCUGUUCUUUCAUUCUUCUCUUUCAUGGUUUUUAUUCUCUUUCCCUUUCUUUUAUUUUCCUCUUUAAACCUGUUUUUCUAUUCUCUCUUCCAUUCCUGUUCUUUCAUUCUCCUCUCUUUCAUUUUUUUAUUCUCCUCAUCCCUGUUCUUUUUUUUUUUCCUCGUUCUUGUUUUUCUAUUCUCUUCAUUCCUGUUCUUUCAUUUCCUUUUCAUGGUCUUUUAUUCUCCUCAUCCCUGUUCUUUUAUUUUCCUUUUCAUUCCAUUCUAUUCUCCUCAUUCCUGUUUCUUUCAUUUUCCUCUUUUUUUUUUUUUUUAUUCUCCUUUUCCCUGUUCUUUUUUUUUCCUCGUUCAUGUUCUUCUAUUCUCUUCAUUUCCUGUUCUUUUCUUCUUUCUCUUUUUUCCUUUCUUUUUUUUUUUCCUCAUCCCUGUUCUUUUAUUUUUCCUCGUUCCUAUUUCUUCUUUGAUCUUCAUUUCCUUUCUUUUUCAUUCUCCUCUUUCAUGGUCUUUUUAUUCUCCUCAUCCCUGUUCUUUUAUUUUCCUCAUUCCUGUUCUUCUAUUCUCUCUCAUUCCUUUCUUCUUUCAUUCUCCUCUUUCUUUUUUCUUUUAUUCUCCUCAUCCCUGUUCUUUAUUUUUCCUUUUCUGUUUUCUUUCUUCUCUUUCUUUCCUGUUCUUUCAUUCUCCUCUUUCUUCUUUUUUCUCCUUUUCCCUGUUUUUUUUUUUCUCAUUCAUUUUUUUUUCUCUUCAUUCCUGUUCUUUCAUUCUCUCUUUUCAUAGUCUUUUUUCUUUCCUCAUUCUUUUCUUUUAUUUUUCCUUUUUCCUGUUUUUUUUAUUCUCCUCAAAAAGUUCUUUUUCAUUUCCCUCUUUCAUGUUCUUUUUUAAAAAAUUCCUGUUCUUUUUUAUUUUCCUUUCAUUUUUUUUUUCUUUUUUUCUUUUCCUUUUUUUUCUUUUUUUCUUUCUUUUAUUUCCUCAUUCUUUCUUUUUAUUUUUUUCAUUCUUAUUCUUUUUUUUCUCAUUUCCUGUUCUUUUUCUUCUUUUAUUUUUCUUUUUUUUUAUUCUCCUUUUCAAAAUUCUUUUUUUUUUCUUUUUCUUUUCUUUUUUUCUUUUCAUUUUUUUUUUUUCAUUCUUUCUUCUUUCCGUUCUCCUUUUCAUUCUUUUUAUUUUCAUCCCUGUUCUUUUUUUUUCCUCGUUUUCCUGUUCUUCUAUUUCUCUUCAUUUUUCUGUUCUUUUUUCUCCUUUUUCCUUGUUUUUUUUUCUCCCUCAUCCCUGUUAUUUAUUUUCCUUCGUUCCCAUUUUCUUCUCUUCAUUUCUUUUCUUUUUCAUUCUCCCCCUUUCUUUUCUUUUUUUCUUUUUUUUCCCUUUCUUUUAUUUUUCCUUUCAUUUUCUUUAUUCUUUUUUUUUUAUUUGUUUUUUUUCUUUUUCCUUCUUUUUUCUCCUCAUCUUUCUUCUUUUUUCUUUCCUCUUUUUUUUUUUCAUUUCUCAUUCUUUUUUUUUUUUUUCAUUCCUGUUCUUCUUUCCUCUUUCAUUCCUUUUCUUUUCAUUUCUUCUCUUUUUUUAUUCUUUUUUCUCCUUCAUUUUUUUCUUUUCUUUUUCUCGUUCUUGUUCUUCUUUUUUUCUUCAUUCCUUUUUUUUUUCUUCUUUUUCUCUUCUUUUAUUUCUUUUCUUUUUUUCUUUCUUUCAUGGUCUUUUUCCUUCUUUUUCUUUUUCCUUUUCUUUUUUUUUUCUUUAUUUGUUCUUCUAUUCUUUUCAUUCCUUUCUUUUCAUUCUCCUUUUUCCUUUUUUUUUAAUUUCCUCAUUUUUGUUCUUUUUUUUUCCUCGUUCCUUUUUUUUUCUUUCUCUUCAUUCCUUUUUUUUCAUUCUUUUUCUUUUUCAUUUGAAACGAAUUUUUCCUUUCUUUAUCAUUUUCUUUCUUUUCAUUUGUUUUUUUGGAUUUUCUUUCAUUUUUUUUUUUUUCUUCUCAUUCCUGUUUUUUUUUUUUUCCUUUUUCCUUUUCUUCUUUCUCUUCAUUUUCUUUUCUUUCAUUUCUUCCUUCUUUCAUUUUCUUUUUUCUCCUCAUUUUCCCUCUUUUUUUUCUUUUUUUUUCUUCUUCUUUCUUUUCUUCUUUUUUUUCCUUUCUUUCAUUCUCCUCUUUCAUUUCUUUUUUCUCCUCAUUCUUUUCUUUUAUUUUUUCGUUUUUUUUCUUUUUUUCUUUUUUUUUCUUUUCAUUUCUUUUCUUUUUUUUCUUUUUUUCAUUUUUCUUUUCUUUUCAUUUUUUUCUUCCUUUCUUUCAUUCUUUUUUCCUUCUUUUUUUCUCCUUUUUCUUUUUUUUUUUUUUUAUUUUUUUUUCUUUUCUUUUUUUUUUUUCUUUUCUUUUUAUUUUUUCCUUUUUUUUUUCUUUUCAUUCAUUUUUUUUUUUUUCUUUCAUUUCCUUCCUUUCUUAUUUUCUCUUUCUUUUCUCUUUCCUUCCUUUUCUUUUUUUCUCCUUUUUCAUUUUUUUUUUUUCUCCUUUUCCCUUUUUUUUUUUUCUUUCCUUUUUUUCAUUUUUUCUCUUUUUUUUCUUCCUUCCCUUUUUUUUUUGAUUUUUUUUUUUUUUGUCUUUUAUUUUUUCAUUUUUUUUUUUUUUUUUUUUCCUCUUUUUUUUUUUUUUUUUCCUUCAUUUUCUUUCUUUCAUUUUUUUUUUUUCAUUUUUUUUUAUUCUUCUUUUCCCUCUUUUUUUUUUUCUUUUCUUUCUUUUUUUUUCUUUCUUCUCUUUCUUUCCUUUCGGGAGAUAAUCCCUUUUUUUUUUUUUUUCCUUUUUUUUUCCUUUCUUUCUUUUCUUUUUUUUUCCUCUUUCAAAUUUUUUUUUUUUUUUUUUUUUUCUUUUCAUUUUCCUCAUUUUCUUCUUUUUUUCUCAUUCCCUUUUUUUUUUUUCUUUUCUUUCCCUUUUCUUUUUCUUUCUCAUUUUUUUUCUUUUUUUUUUUCCUUUUCUUUCUUUUUUUUUUCUUUUUUUUUUCCUCUUUUCUUUUCUUUUCAUCUUUUUUUCCUUUCUUUUCUCUCUUUUUUUUUUUUUUUUUUUUUUUUUUUUCAUUCAUUUUCUUCUUUCUUUCAUUUCCUUUCUUUUCUUUUUUCUUCUUUUCUUUUUCAUUUUUUUUCAUUGCUUUUUUUUUUUUUUUUUUUCUUUUUUCUUCUUUUCCAUUCAUUUUUUCUUUCUUUUUCUUUUUUUUUUCUUUCUUUUUUUCUUUCAUCCCUUUUUUUUUUUUUUUUUUUCUUUUUCUUUUUUCUUUUUUUUUUUUUCUUUUUUUUCUUUUUUUUUUUCAAUUUUUUUAUUUUUUUUUCAAACUUUUUUUUCUUUUUUUUAUUUUUCCUUUUUCUUUUUCUCUUUUUUUCCUUUUUUUUUUUUUUUUUUUUUUUUUUUUUUUUUUUUCCCUUUUCUUUUUUUUUCCUUUUUUCAUUAUUUUUUCUAUUCUUUCUUCAUUUUAAACAUUUUUUUUCAUUUCUUUUAUUCUCCUUCAUUCUUUUUUUUUAUUUUUUCCUUUCAUUUUUCUUUUUUUUCCUUCUUUCUUUCAUUUUCCUUUCAUGUUCUUUUUUUCCUCAUUUUUUUUUUUUUAUUUUCCUUUUUUCUUUUUUUUUUUUUUCAUUCUUUCUUUCUUUAUUUUUUUUCUUUUUUUUUUUCUUUUAUUUUUUCAUUCCUUUCUUUUAUUUUCUUUCUUUCCUUCUUUCUUCUUUCUCUUUUUCCUUUUUUUUUCAUUCUUUUUUUCCUUUUUUUUCUUUCCUUUUUCCUUUUUUUUUUUUUUCUUUUCUAUUUCUUCAUUCUUUUUUUUUUUUAUUUUUUUCAUUCAAAUUUCUUUCUUUUUUUCUUCUUUCCUUUUUUUUCUUUUCCUCUUUUUCUUUUUCUUUUUCUUUCUUCUUUUUCUUUUCUUUUUUCUUUCAUUUUUUUCUUCUCUUUCUUCUUCAGUUUUUUUUUCUUUCUUUUUUUCAUCCUUUUAUUCUUUAUUCAUUUUUUUUCUUUCUUUUUUUUUUUUUCAUUUUUUCUUUUCUUUCUUCUUUCCUUUUGUUUUUUUCUUUUUCAUUUUUUUUUUUUUUUCUUUUUCCCUUUCUUUUUCUUUUUUUCUUUCAUAUUUUUUCUUUUUCUUUUUCCUUUUUUUUUUUCUCCUCUUUUUUUUUCUUUUUUCUUAAAUUCCUUCAUCCUUUUUCUUUUUCCUUUUUUUCAUUUUUUAUUUCUUUUUUUUUUAUUUUCCUUUUUUCUUUUUCUUUUAAUUUUCAUUUUUUUUCUCUUUUUCUUUUUUUCUUUUAUUUUUUUUUUCAUUUUUUUUUUUCUUUUUUUAAACAUCUUUUGUUCCUCUUUUUUUUUCUUUUUCUUUUUGAAUUUUUUUUCCCUAUUUUUUUAUUCUCCUUUUCUUUUUCUUCUUUUUUUGUCUUUUAUUCUCCUUUCUUUCUUUUUCUUUUAUUUUCUUCAUUCAUUUUCUUUAUUCUUUUUUCAUUCCUUUCUUUUAAUUCUUUUUCUUUCAUUUUUCUUUUUCUUCUCCCUUUUCCCUGUUCUUUUUUUUUUUCUUUCAUGUUUUCUAUUCUCUUUCAUUUUUGUUUUUUCAUUCUCCUCUUUCAUUUAAAAAUUUUUUUCUCCUUUUUUUUUUUUUUUUCUUUUCUUUCUUCAAUUUCUUUUCUUCUUUCAUUUUUUUCUUUUUUUUCUCCUUUUUUCUUUUCCUUUUUUUUUCCUUUUUUCCUUUUUUUUUAUUUUUCUUUUUUCAUUCUUCUUUCUUUUUCUUUUCUUUCAUUUUUUUUUUUUUCCUUUUUCUUUCAUUCUCUUUUAUUUCUUUCUUUUUCUCUUCAUUCUUUUUUUUUUUUUUUCCUUUUUUCAUUUUUCUUUUUUCUCUUUUUCAAUUUCUUUCAUUUUCUUCUCUUUUUCUUUUUUCUUUUAUUCUUUCUUUUUUUUUUUUUUUUUUUUUCCUUUUUUCAUUUUUUUCUAUUCUUUCAUUCCUUUUCUUUUUUCUUUUCUUUCAUUUCCUUUUUUUCUUUCUCUUUUUUCUUUUCUUUUUUUUCUUUUCAUCUUUCUUUUUUUCAUUCCUGUUUUUUUUUCUCCUCUUUCUUGGUUUUUCAUUUCCUUCCCUUUUUUUUAUUUUCCUCAUUCAUUUUUUUUUUCUCCUCAUCCUUGUUCUUUUUUUUUCCUCAUUCAUUUUUUCUAUUUCUUUCAUUUCUCCAUUUUUCUUUUCUUUUUUUUUUAUUUUUUUUCUUCUCCUCAUUCUUUUCUUUUUUUUUUUCCUCAUUUCAUUUUUUUCUAUUCUUUCAUUCCUGUUCUUUCAUUCUCCUCUUUCAUUUCUUUUAUUCUUUCAUCCCUUUUUUUUUUUUUUCCUUUCAUUCAUUUUUAUUUUUCUCUUUCAUUUCUUUUUUCUUUUCUUUUUUUUUCUUUUUUCUUUUUUUUUUCUUCUCCUUUUAUUUUCCUCUUUUUUUUUUUUUUUUUUUCAUUUUUUUUUCUUUCUUUAUCUCUUUUCAUUUUUCUCUUUCAUUCUCCUCUUUCCUUCUUUUUUUCUUAUUUUUUCUUUUCUUUUCUUUUUUUUUUCAUGUUCUCUUCUUUUCUCCUUUUUUUUUUCUUUCAUUUUUCUUUCCUCUUUUCAUAAAAUUUUAUUCUCUCAUCCCUGUUUUUUUUCUUUUUUCAUUUUUUUCUUUUUUUCUCUUUUCUCUUUUCAAUUUUCAUUCAUUCUCUUCUUUCAUUUUUUUAUUUCUCCUCAUUUUUUUUCUUUUAUUUUCUUUCAUUCUUUUUCUAUUCUCUUCAUUCCUUUCUUUCAUUCUCCUCUUUCUUGGAGUUUUAUUUAUUCUCUCAUCCCUGUUCUUUUAUUUUAUCAUUCAUUUUCUUCUUUCUCUUCAUUCCUUUUUUUUCAUUCUCUUGUGUUUCAUUUUCUUUUUUUUUCCUCAUUUCCUUUUCUUUUAUUUUCCUUUCAUUUUUUUUCUUCUUUUCUCUUCAUUUUCUUUUCUUUGUUCUCCUUUUUCAUGGUUUUUUUUUUUUUUUUCCCUGUUCUUUUAUUUUCCUCUUCUUUCUUUUUCUCCUCUUUUCUGUUCUUUUCAUUCUUUUUUCUUUUGGUUUUUUUUCUCCAUUUCCCUUCUCUUUUUUUUUUUUUCCUCUUUUCAUUUUCUUCUUUCUUCUUUUUUAUUUGUUCUUUUGUUCUCCUUUUCAUUUUUUUUUUUCUCCAUCAUCAUCUUUUUUUUUUUUUUUAAAAUUCAUUUUCUUCUUUCUUUCAUUCCUUUCUUUCAUUCUCCUCUUUCUUUUUCUUUUUAUUCUCCUCAUCCCUUUCUUUUUUUUUUUCUUUCAUGUUUUCUUUCUUCUCUUCAUUUCUUUGUUCUUUUUUUUCUCCUUCUUUCAUUCAUUUUUUUUCUCCUCAUUUCUGUUCUUUUUUUUUUUCAUUUUUUUUUCUUUGAUUUCUUCUUUUCUCUUCAUUUCAUUUUCUUUUUUCUUUCUCCUUUUUUUUUGGUUCUUUCUUUUUUUCUUCUCAUCCCUUUUUUUUUUCCUCAUUCAUUCAUCUUCUCUUCCUAUUUCAUUUCUUGUUCUUUUCAUUUCUCCUUUUUCAUUCAUUUUUUCUCUCAUUCUUUCUUUUUUUUCUUUCUUUAUUUCUUUUCUUCUUCAUUCCUUCUCUUUUUCAUUCUCCUUUUCAUUUCUUUUUUUCUUUUUCAUCCUUUUCUUUUAUUUUCCUUUUCAUAUGUUUGUCAUCUUUUUUCCUUUCUUUCAUUCUCUUUUUUUCAUUUCUUUUUUCUCCUUUGUUCUUUCUUUUUUUUUUUUUCUUUCAUUUUCUGUUCUUUUUUUCUUCAAUUUUUUUCUUUCAUUUCUCCUCUUUCAUUUUCUUUCUAUUUUUCUCCUUUUCCCUUUCUUUUUUUUUUUUUUCUUCAUCUUCUUCUAUUCUCUUCAUUUCCUGUUCUUUCAUUCUCCUCUUUCAUUCUUUUAUUCUCCUCUCUUCCCUCUUUAUUUUUUUUUUUCUCGUUUCAUUUUCUUCUCUUCUCUUCAUUCCUCCUCUUUCAUUCUCCUUUUCAUGGUCUUUUAUUCUCCUCAUCCCUCUUCUUUUUUUUCCUCAUUCAUUUUUCUUCUCUUCUCCAUUUCUUUCUUUCAUUCUCCUCUUUCAUUCUCUUUUUUUCUCCCUCAUCCCUAUUCUUUUAUUUUUUCCUCCAUUUUUUUUCUUCUUUCUCUUCAUUCCUGUUCUUUCAUUCUCCUCUUUCAUGGUCUUUUAUUCUCCCCUCAUCCCUUUCUUUUUUUUUUCCUCAAAAUUUGUUUUUCAUUUUUUCUUUCAUUCCUGUUCUUUUCAUUCUUUCUUUCAUGGUCUUUUAUUCUCCCAUCCCUGUUCUUUUUUUUUUUUUUCAUUUCUUUUUCUUCUUCUCUUCAAUCCUUCUUCUUUUUCAUUCUUUUCUUUCAUUUCUUUUAUUCUCACCUUUUCUUUUUUUUUUUUUUCUCAUUCAUUUUUCUUCUCUUCUUCCUGUUCUUUUUCAUUCUCUCUUUCAUGGUCUUUUUUUCUUCUCCUCAUCCCUUUCUUUUAUUUUCCUCGUUCAUUUUUUCUUUCUCUUCUCUUCAUUCCUUUUUCUUUCAUUCUCCUUUUUUCAUGGUCUUUUUAAUCUCCUCAUCCCUGUUCUUUUUUUUUCCUCCAUUCAUGUUCUUCUUUCUCUUUUCCUUUCUUUUUUUUUUAAUCUUUCCUGUUCUUCUUUUCUCUUCAUUUCCUGUUCUUUCAUUUCCUUCUUUCAUGGUUUUUAUUCUCCUCAUCCCUUUCUUUUUUUUUCCUCAAUCAUGUUUUCUUCUUCUUUUUCCAAAUUCUCUUCAUUCUCCUCUUUCAUCAUUCUUUUAUUCUCCUCAUCUUCUUCUUUUAAAUUCUUUCAUAAUUUCUCCAAUUCUAAUCUCUUCUUCCUUUCUUUUUUCAUUCUCUUUCCAUUCUUUUAUUCCUCAUCCCUUUCUUUUUUUUCCUCAAAUUUAAUUCUUCUCAUUCUCUUCAUUUCCUGUUUGUUUCAUUCUCCUUAUUUCAAAAUUGUAAAUUUUUCUCCCUUCAUCCCUGUUCUUUUAUUUUUUUUUAACUUCUUUUCUUCUAUUCUCUUCAUUCCUUUCUUUUCAUUCUCCUCUUUCAUUAGUCUAGUACAUUCUCUUCCGAUCCUGUUCUUUUUUUGCCGUUUCUCCUCGCAAUUUCUUUCCUUUUCUUUUCCUCUAGUAACAACUUAUUCUUUUAUUUCUUCAUUAUCGCCAUUUUCUGACAAAAGCCUUUGCUUUAUUGUCCUUUCUUUGUCUUCUUUCUUUUCAUUGUAA